AUGGCUGCAGCCAGAGAGACUCGCCUAAGAGUCAUCGCGCUGUACAAGGAGCUACACCGUCUUGGCCGCGACUAUCCUGAUCCUGCGUACAACUUCCACAAGAAGCUGCGUGGACUUUUUGAGAAGAACCGCAACUUGACCGAUCCAGAGGAGAUCGAGAAAGCUAUUAAGAUGGGAGAGUACAUUCGCAAUGAAACUCUCGCCUUAUACUCUCUUCGCAAAUAUCGCCAUCUGAAGCGGAUGUAUCCCAACCCAUCCCCCACGGACCCGACACCAUAG